UGCUGACUCCGCCCCUGCCCACUGUUGUUGUUGUUUUGAGCGGCGCAAUGAGCAGAUUUGUUUGUAAACUUUUGCGAAGUGUAAACCAAACAAACUUGGGCUGCAGAUACUUUUCUUUGUCAUCUACAAGGAGUGCGGAAAGUGGAUCACAAGAUGGGCCCCCUGCCCGCACCGUUCUGGUGGAGAAGGACUCGCACAUAACACUUAUAGGCCUAAAUCGCGAGCAGCAGCGCAACUCCAUUGAUGCCAACACCGCGGAGCAACUGACCCAAGCCAUCAGCCAAUUCGAGGAGGAUGAUAGCUCGCCAGUGGGCGUGCUCUACGGCAUUGGUGGCUCCUUCUCCGCCGGCUUUGACUUGGCGGAACUGGAGGCGGAGGCCCAGCGCGGCAGCCUCAACUUUCUGUUGCGUCACGAGGGCUCCAUUGGUCCCACUAGGAGGCACCUCCGCAAGCCGAUCGUUUGCGGCAUCAGCGGUUUCUGUGUGGCCGGAGGAGUGGAACUGGCGCUCAUGUGUGAUCUGAGGGUCAUGGAGGACACUGCCGUGAUGGGGUUCUUCAAUCGUCGCCUGGGAGUUCCACUAAGCGAUGGAGGAACUGUGCGUCUGGCCGCUGCAGUGGGCUACUCCAAUGCUUUGGACAUUAUCGAGACAGGAAGGCGCAUCUAUGCCGGAGAAGCCAGGCGGAUGGGUCUGGUAAAUCGCGUUGUGGCCACGGGCACAGCUCUGGGCCAGGCCGUAAAUCUUGCCUUCUCCAUAGCCAAGUUCCCCAUGGCUUCCUUGAUGCACGACAGGAAUGCCCUGCUGGAGAAUGCCAAUGCGUACAAUAAGGACGGUUUUCAUGUGGCCAGUUACAAUGAGAUCGUCAAUGUUACCUCAGAAAUGAUAAAAGACAUACAGGAGGGCGUGAAGCGCUUCAAGAACUCUGAGAUAAAGGGCCCCAAAACCGAUUCUUGGCACAUCAAAGAGAAGACCAUUCCGGAAUGGGAAAAAGCUGAAAUCGAGAUCGAAAAGCAAAAGACAUGACAUUGAACGCUUAAUAUCUAACUUAUGUAAGAAAACUCCUUCCGGUUAGUGGCAAUACCUUCUUGUUAUUUAUAAAACGAAAGCCUUUAUUCACGUAAAAUACAUUUAUUUAAUGAUUUAUGUA